AUGAAGAAUGCGAGUACGAAUUUUGGUGAACCAUUGAGUAUUGAAUCGCGAAAAUUGGUUAAUGAAUUACGCUUAAAAAUUAAUCAACCAAUUCAUCCAAAUUUUGAUACCGAUUUCAACCUAUAUCGGUUUAUUUUGGCUGCAGAAAGGGCACAUAAAAAAGAAAAAGAAAUUAUCGAUGUUGCAGCGAAAGCAAUCAACAGUCACCUCAGAAUACGGAAAGCUUUAAACCUGGAUCAUCAACCAGAUGUGCCAUUUGAAAAGAAUGAAUUAUUCAAAAAUAGAUAUCUUCCAAUGGGUCAAAUAUUAUCCGUGACGGACAGUUCGAAUAGGUUAUUGUGGUAUGUCGAAUAUGCGACUAUUAAUGUUGAGCCUCUGGCUCAUAUUUUUCGAAGCUCACAUUCAAUCCGGUUGCAAUUCUUACAGUAUGAACACAUGCUACGGACAGUUAAUAAACAGGAGGAAAAAACGGGAAAGCUUAGUGGUUUGCGGCAUAUUGUCGACCUUUCCGGAUAUGAAAUCAAUCCAUUUAUGAUGCUCUUCGUUACAAAUGGUUCACUGACCUAUUAUUCACAUCUUUUUCACUACGAAAACUAUCCUGAACUGGUCGGACCAAUAGAUAUGGUUAAUAUAGCCAAAUGGAUUCAUGUGCCAUAUAAAAUUGUGCGAACAAUGAUGCCAAUGGGUUUUACGGAACGUUUCCGUCUACACGAUGAUAAUUUCUUAGGAGCUUUAAAAGAUAUAAAAAUUGAAGAUAUUCCUACCACCUUGGGAGGAAAAAAUGAGCAUAUUCGAUGUACUCCCGCAAUAAAAGUUACAUCUGAAAUGCACUGGAAGCCAACAAAUAUUGAAUUGUUAAGCAAUCUGGAAACUAUUCAUAUACCACCACGAAAAACUAGACAGAUCCACAUCGAUAUUACAGAAAGCCACAGACGUAUGGCUUGGUAUUUCACAACUGAUGGCGAAAUUAAUUUUGGUAUCUUUUAUCAGCCAUUCGAAGAAUUACCAUCAACAGGUGCAAUAAAUCACAUGCGAACAACAGAAAAAGAAAUUGAUACAGAUCAACUCGAAAUGAUCUACCCCUGGUUCAAACUAAGUGCAAAAUUGGUCCACGAAACCGAUUCAGUUGAAUGUAUUCAACCAGGUCGCUACUGGAUGAUUUUUUGUAAUAAACUCUCAUGGCUUCAUCGUAAAACUAUUAAUUUAAGUGUACAGAUUGCUGAUAACAAUUUCGACAAUAUAAAACGAUAUCAUACGGAUGGUACUUACAGUAAUUCCAAGUUAUUUGAAUUUCCAAAUAUUCAACUUUAUUCCUUAAUUUAA